GUGAGGGUACUGUUGCUGGCAUUGUUUCCGGGUCAUCAUCGCCAUUUUACUGGUGAGAAUCGGAGAGGAAUCACACGGUUAGAGAUGUGGGACCAGGGAGGACAGCCCUGGCCUCAGUGGCCCCUGGGCUCACAGCAGCAGUGGAUGCAGUCAUUUCAGCAUCAGCAAGAUCCAGGUCAAGUGGACUGGGCUGCUCUAGCACAAGCAUGGAUUGCACAGAAAGAAUCCACUGGAGGGGUUGCUGACCAGCAGGGUAUUCAGCCCAACGGCCAGGAAAUACAGAACAUGGAACCUCCAGCCCAUAAUAACCAUGGUGCCUUUCCCGGUGAUCAUAAUUUUGGCAGAGGUUGGCAACCAGAGUGGGGAAUGCAUGGCCAGCCUCCUCCUCCCCCUCCGGAACAAGCAUGGAUUCCUCCUGGACAAGGACCGAUGGAUGUCGUCAACCCGUCGGAAGACAGUAACAGUCAAGAUAGUUUGGAGUUUCCUGGAGACCCACACCAUGGAGGCUUUCAUCAAAACAGUCAUGGGUUUGGUGGUCAGCCCGAGCCUUACUCUAUGGGCCCAGUUGGCGUCAAUCAGUUUGAUUAUCAGCAUGGAGCAGUACCAACAGGGGCAGCAUACGGACCACCCUCCACUGGCUUUCAUGCACCUUAUUGGCCUGAAGGACCACAGAACAGAAGAGACCGGCUCCCUGGCUUCAGACCUGAACGGCCCAGAUCCCCCAAUCAGAUAGGAAUUAAACCAGAGACGCCUACUCUUGAUGCUGUUAAACGGAGGACUUUGCCUGCGUGGAUUCGAGAAGGCCUUGAAAAGAUGGAUCGUGAGAAGCAGAAAAAGUUGGAGAAGGAGAGGAUGGAGAGAGAGCGUGCUGAAAUGGCAAAUAAUGAAAGAGAUAGCGAUAUGGUAGUGGAGGAAGGUGAUGGGCCUCGGUUGCCACGCAAGAGCAAAUUUGACAGUGAUGAUGAGGAUGGUGAAGAAGAUGGUGCUGGGGAGGAUGGCGUAUCGGGGAGAAGGUUGGAGUUUGGUGGAAGAAGUUCUCCUCCUGUUCAAGAAGACCAAAGUGAACCAGAAAUGACAGAAGAGGAGAAAGAGUUUCAGUUGAUGCUGAUGACUAAAACUCUUCUUACCGAAGUCCUCCUUGAAGUCACAAAUGAGGAAAUCUUCCUGGUGGCUAAAGAAACUCAUCGCAAAGCCACUAAAGCUCCUGCAAAACAGCUGGCACAGUCAAAUGCACUGGCUUCUCUGACUGGUCUCGGAGGGCUGGGUGAGUACGGCUCGGACGAGAGUGAGGAUGAGGAGCGAAGCGCAAAGGGGUCAGACUCGUCAGACACAGACGAUGAGGAGCUGCUGCACCGCAUUCGCCAGAAACAGGAUGCCUUCCGUCACAAAGAGAGGGAGCAGCAGCAGCUGCAGGAGAGGCUGGCACUGGAGGUACAGACUGUAAAAGAAGAUUUGGCAUCAGACAGUGUAAGCAGAGAGAGGGCGGAAGUACUCUGAUUCAGAGUCCAGCAGGAGCAGGUCCCCUUCCCCUGAGGUUAGCAAAGA